AUGCAAUUUUCAGUGGCAAAUACUGACACCAUGUGGCUCAGUAACUAUCAGUAUGUUUCCUUAACUAUUUUAAUGUUUCAGUUUAUUUUGGUCUAGAUUUGAUUACACAGAACAAUAACCAUGCUUCGGAUAGAGUUUUAACUUUUGAGUUUUUAAGUGUCAAAUGCCCAUCUGAAAUAUAUAAAUUUACAAAAAAAAGAUAAAAAGCAAUAAAGAAAACAAUAGCUCCAUGCCCAUUUUUGAGACCACCUCUGCUGAGUGGCUUCUUUUGGCAGCAGGCCUGAUUUUUUCCCAAAGGUUUGGUCACAUUUAGUUUAUUUGAAUGACAGUUUAUCCCUAGUGCAAAUAAUGGAACAUGUCUGUUUAGUCAAAAGUAACAUACAGUUUAGACAGUGUUGUGACUUUAUACCCUCUUCUUCCAAGAUAAACUAUUGGGAAACCAUGGUUGUUAUAAUAGCUGGAGAAUAUAAUAAGCAUAUUUAUUUAGUAACUGUGGCCUCAAAUUUGAUUUUAUCCUGGGUCAGUGCACACUAAUUUUGAGGGAAUUUCUAUAAUAUGCGACAUGUAGUGCACACAAGUAGUCAAUAAGAUGUAAUAAUUUGCAGUGGUUUAUUUCUUAAAUAUCCAAAAGAUUCUUUUGUCAGCUAACAACUAUUAAGAAGGGAACCCAUUGAUACACAGUAGUACUUUAACUGUAGAGACUCUAUCCCUGUAUAACCAAGGAAGUCCUGUUGAGUACCAGGUAGUCUUAAUGCAUACCUGUGGGAGGAUGCCGAGUUGAUUUUUGUGCCUGAUAAAGAACUAAUAUUUUGAUAUCGGAAUCCAGAUCUUAUCUCAUCUGGUGUGCAAAGUGGGAAGAAAUGAGGCUUUGGCAUGAGGGGAAGUCUGUGUACAGCAGAGGAGGGCUGAUGUAUUGGUUGGGUUAUGCAAUGAAUUAAUGAAUCAGUGCCAUUCUAUUUCUUUCCUGUGGCUAAUGAGGUGUGGUUGUCAGCCAUAUUGUGGAGGCUUUGGUUUAUAUCUGUUGAAAUUUAGAAAGGUCAAGACAUAACCAUAUUGUAAGAGAUCAUUGUUUGCUGAAUUGAAGAUGUUAGUAUAACAGCAUGGGAUGUGCUAUAGCAAAACAAGACCAGGAGUGUUCCAAUAUUUUCCAUGUGUACAAUGUGGAUGAACAAGGGAACUCCGCCAAUGCUGGUAGACUGGAAAUAGCCAAUAUGGACUUAGUUCUACACCAGCGUGGAAAGGAACCAAUCAGGUGGCCUGUUAGAUGCUUACGUAGAUAUGGCUACGACCAGGAUAUAUUCUCUUUUGAAAGUGGGCGCCGGUGCCCCACUGGCCCUGGUAUAUACGCCUUUAGGUGUCGCCAGGCAGAGACUUUAUUCAACAUGUUGCAGGAAGUGAUUCAGACUGCUGGGCAAGAGAAUGAUACUCACACAAAUCAGAACGGCAGCAUUUCGCUUAGCCGACCUGUGUCGUACACAGAGCAGCAGUCUCCUCACCUUCUCUUGCCUGCCAUUCCUUCACAAAAUGGCACAAGUAUGGCACGGCGGGACCAUUUAUAUGUCAAUGGGACAAUUGCCUCCGAGUACUUGCCGCCAUCACAGGUGCCCCAGAAUGGCACGGUGCUGCUUGAUGCCACACAUGACUAUGUGAAUACUGCCAAUGCAGCCAGGGCUUUGAGGACCCAUAACGGGACAAAUUCCCUGGAACACACCAAGAUUCAAAUCACAUUUGAUAAUAAUGACAACCCUAGUGCUAUCAUAAACUAUGCAGUAUUAGACUUGCCCAAAAGUACUGAGAAUCUGACAGAAGGUGCCAACAUUACAUCACGGAGCUGUGUCCAGUACACAAAUCUAGUUGACCCCCCUCCAAUUGAAAGGGGGAGUCCCAUAAGUUCACGCAAACCCAGUAGUGGAUCAUGUAUGAGUGGGAACUCUGUGGCUGAAAUGGACACCACCACAAGUAGCACUGAGAACCUUUCCUCGCCCACUGGUCAACCCAAUGGUUGGGGUGCUGCCCUAGGGAAUGGGGGCCCUGGGGUUGGGGUCCACAAUGGGGGCACCCAGCCGACUUAUAUUAAUGUUGGUGCUGAAGCUAAGAAAAUGGAAUUCCCCAAUGCACAGGACCCCAAGGUACCCCCUAAACCUUCCAGUGAACAGCAUAGCUAUGCCAACUUGGACCUGGUGCCACAGAACUGUAGACGAGAGCCCCUCGGGAUGCGCCGUGUCAACUACAUACAGUUGGAUCUGGAGAAGACCCCCGAUGACAGGGUGAAUGGUGCAGAUAAGGUACCUCCCUCGCCCCUAAGCCUGCUGUCAGUUCCAGACUCCCCUAGUAGAAAAACCGAGAGUUACGCUACUAUUGAUUUUAACAAGACUGCAGCGUUGUCUAAAACUGCUGGGCCCUCUCCAGGCCAAGACGAGGGACAAAGGAAGACACGCCAUAACAGCACUAUUGCAGAUUUGGAAUAAUAGCUCCUGCUCAAAUGUGAAAUGCUCAAAUUUUUAACUUGGCACGUAUGCGAUAUGGACAAAAGAAGGGAACCCUCCAUGAUUAAGUAAGAUGAUAAGUAUGUGCUUAAAAAGGAGGCAGGAAACUGUUAAGUGUGAUAGAUAAAAUCUUCUCAUAAUGUAGCGAAUAGCUUUAACAUUGAAUGAAAUGUAACUCUUAUGUUUUCAAAAUUCGGAAAUUGGUGCUCUUAUUGUAAGUGUGCUCUGUAAUGCUCAGUAGAAUUUAAUAUACUUGUAUUCUUCCCAGUAUUUUGAUGUUAUUAAGUUUUAUCGUAGACUCUUUUGUCAUACACGUUUGGAUGCCCCCACCCACCCACCCACCCACCCACACUGUGGUAUUUGUACAUGAUGUUUAAAUAGGAUUAAAAUGUUAGUAUUUAUGGCAGUUUGUAAUAUACUAAAAUCAAUUAUCACAGAGUUCUUUUAACACGUUAUCUCUCUGCUAGAGAAUAUACUCAUAUCUUGUACAUAAGCGUACAUUAAUCAUGCUGAAAGCACAUAGUAUUAAAGCUACAUAUUGCACAGUUCUUGUCAGUAUUUUGCUCAAUAGGGAUAAUGUAAGUAAUAGCAAUGUGGCUAAUGAAUAAUUUCAUAAUUGAUAAAUAUGUGUAUAUAUAGUCACUUAUGUGAUUAAUGCUAACAUUUUUUUUUUUUUUUUUUUUUUUUUGGUGAAAAGCCAAUAAGUUACAUUUUUAAAGCUGAAUAUUUUAUGCUGAAGUAGCAGUAGGUUGGUGAAGAAAAUUUAUUGUCCAUUUUUUUUUAGCCAAAGUCAAUUCUUUUAGCCAAUGAUUGAAUUUCUGUAUGUUAGUGUGGGUUCAUCAAGGUAUUACUAUUUCUGUAUUAUAAUCAACUGUUAAAAUAUCCAUUCAUUAAUAUGUGAAAUGUCGGUAGGGAAAAUGAACUGAGUAUUAUGACUUAUUCUAUGUAACACAUUCUUGGUGAGGUAAUACUGUGCUUAUACAUGUCAGAGCAGUCUUUUGGGUUAUAAAUAUUUUUGGCAAGGGUGCAUUAAUUCAGAAGAAAUGCUGGCUCUUGUACAUUUAUGUUGGAAUGCUUUAAUUAUGAGAAGAAAUGGCUUAUACAAGGAUUUGUUUGUCAAACUCUUGAGUCAUUUGAAAAAUAGUUGGCGUUUUAAUGAUAGUUUUUAAAUGCGUAUCAAUUGAAAAGUACAGUCCUUUCUUACAAAAUUCAAGGUUUAGUAGUUAUAUAUGAUAUGAUUUUAUUAAAAUUCCUUUAAAUUCUAAGUCGUGUCAAAGCCAGAAACAUUUUGUUAGUAUCUGUUACAUAAACUUAGAAAUGAUAUAAUGCUUGGAUUAAGUGAUGCAAAUGAAGUAUGUGAAUAAUUAUAGCAUGUAUUCAAAAUGUGAAUAAGGGUAAUGAUGAAAAGCAGAGUUUUGGCUGUCUUGAGUGAAAAAGAUCUGUCAUUUAGAAUUAUUACAGGCUUUUUAUUUGUCACUAGCUGAAAAUUUUGUGAGGAAGUAGUGAGUAAGGAAUUAAAGCCUACCACAUUAGUCAUCAUUUAUAUCAGCACUAAAUAUAGUAGAAUUAUUUCCUGUAUAGAGAAUACAUCUCUAAAGGGGACCAUUGGUAAGGUUGGUGGGGGAAAAACAGCAACAAAACAUUUCUGUGGCAUAUUUUAUACUACCAUGUUAUCAAAAAACUUAAAAAACCCACACUAGAAAACAAGUCUUCUUUUACGGGACUGAACCCUGGUGAAAGUUUACAUUAAUAUUGGGCUCUAUAUGCAGUAGUUGAGCAGUUUAGUUUCUUAGCGAUGAUACAAUGUGCUAUGGAAAUGUAGGAAUUGGCUUUGAAAAAAAUAAGAAAAAUUGAGGACACGUGUCACCAAAUAUUCCUCAUGGUCCCUUUAAACUCUGUGCUGUAGAAGAAUUAUUCCAACCCUUUCUCUCUAAAACUUCCAGAGACUAGACACUGCAGUUACCAUUUGAUGAGCUGUGAAGGCAGACAUUUAAGUAAGAAAGAUCAUAGUUGUGAGGGUCAGUGAUGUAAGAUCACCUGUUGCACUGAAGUGACUUGAAAAGGGGUGCCUGCAGGUUAAUUGCCUUGGUUGUAGUGCCCGGUUUUUAUUCAUUAUUUGAAAAGUAAAUUUUAUAUGAAGUUAAAGAUGCAUUUAAUGUAAAAUUUUUGCAACAGAAGCUCACCAAAUGCUACAGUAUAGUUUCAAAUAGUAUAACUUGGAGAAGUACCAAAGGAUGCCAUUUCAUAUUAUCUGAAAAAUAUUUGAUUGGAUAUUUUUUGCUUUCUUUUUGUGCUGUAUAUAACUGGCAUAAGCAGGUCAAUUUUUGACAAAAAAUUGGAAGGUGGAGUUUUUAAGCUCUUUAAUGGCUGAUGUAGUGGUUUAUCCCUUCACAUGUAGACAUAAUUUAAGUCAUAUAAGAAACAAGUAGAAGUGGUUUAAUAUAUGCAUUAUUGGGAAUUUACAUUUUGUUCAAAUGUGUCUUUAAGAUUGUUAAGACCAUAAAGAACCUGCCAAAAUUUCCCCUAUCCUGUCUCAAGUCUGAAAUAUAUUUUUCUGCUUCACUUGGUUCAUCAGAAUAUGAAAAUAAUUUAGCUUUCCCUUAUGUAAUUUGAUUGCAUAGUAGUUGAAGCAAGAAACUGCAAUAACAAAAGCAUUUUAGCAGAGAUGAAGUAACCUACCUAAUUUUUUAAAGAAAGUCAGAAAUAUACAGUGUUAAAAAUGUGACAAAGAUAUGCUUUUCAGAUUUCAGUCAACAAGUUGAGAAAAGGUGACUUUUUCCCAUUUACCUCAUGCUGUGUAAUUUUAGGGCAUUUUAGUAAACUGGUUUCGUCUUCCAUCAAGGAGAGGCGUGUUUCACUCACAUUUUUUUUGUUUUACACAGGUUAUUACUGUAACAAUAGGAAAGGAAUGCAACUGAAAUAGUACUCUUGAGUGCUACCAUUUUGUCAGCAGUGGUGUCAGGGGUUUUCACCUCCUACUUCUACUCUACUAAAGGAUCAUCAGGUCUUGAAUUACACUGGUUAUGAGUCAAAUAGCAGUUUGUAUUUCAAAUAGCAUUUGUUGAAUGGUAUUUUUAUGGUGGCACAUUUUUAUUUCAUUUUUAUGGUGGUAAACUUAAAGUAACUGUUCAUUGCCACUGCUUAAUUGAAUUGGUUCUUUCCUGCAGAUAGUUGAAUUUGAUUCCCAUUUUAUGUUGUCAAUGGUUAAUAGUGUGUUCAAUCUUGCCAAUUUGUUGAAGAAAUCCAGAAAAAUGUGAUAUUAUAAGUUAUUUGGUUUUGAAUUGUAAUAAUAGAUUACCUCAUUUUCAAUAAUUCCCGAGCAUUAUAUUUUAGGAGAACUGGGACUUUUGUAUCAAUAUCAUUGUGCCUGCUAAUUGUGCAACAAGGCAGUAGUCAGAAGGAACUGUAUGAAUGUGUUAGGUGUGUAACUGCAGGGUGUGAUGGACAGUGUUGGCCAUACUCUGGGCCGCAAGGAUUAGGAUAGUGAAACUUGAAUUUGUGACUGUCAGAAUUUAUUUUUAACAAUAAACCAACGUGCUAAGAA